AGUGCGCAGUGCCAUGUGGAGAGAAGUCUAUAAACAGAUACAGAGUAUUUUAACAACAGCGGCCCACAAUGAGUCUGUUACCUCGCACUGCUGAGGAGUUCAGCUCCGCGGAGUACUGGGAGAGGUUCUUUAAGAAGCGCGGAGAGAAAGCCUUUGAGUGGUAUGGAGACUACAACAAACUCUGCGGCGUGCUGCACAAAUACAUCAAAACCCAAGAUAAGGUGCUGGUUGUCGGCUGCGGUAACUCUGAGCUGAGUGAACAGCUUUAUGAUGUCGGCUACAAACAUCUGACCAAUAUUGACAUCAGUGAGACAGUCGUGACCCACAUGAACCAGCGAAACGCUGAGCGCCGGCCGGGCCUGACCUUCCAGCAGGUGGAUGCUACACAAACACCGUAUGAGGAUGCCAGCUACCAGGCUGCACUGGACAAGGGCACCCUGGAUGCCAUGGCAUCUGAAGAAGAAGGAGCACUGGCCAAGAACAUGCUCACCGAGGUGGGUCGUGUGCUAAGCGUGGGGGGCAGGUAUGUCUGUGUGACGUUGGCUCAAGAGAGUGUCAUCAAGUUGGCUGUGGAGCAAUUUGUUCAGCUGGGGUGGGCGGUGAGGCUCCACUGCCUGCAGGAGGAAAGCGGGAAAGAUGAAGACUCCUUUGCUCUGCCUGUCUUUGUUCUGGUCUGCACCAAGUUUCGUCAGCCUAUGCCUACACCCAUUCUGGAGAUGUGUCUCGGGGAGGAUGGAGCUCCAAAUCGUCUCUCACAGGUGGCGGAUUUGUUGACGGCUGUGAGGGAGCGUCAGGCUUACUCCGUGUUGAGAAAGAGGCUCCGCACAGGCACAGACGCCAGCUCGAACCUCUCACUCACUCUCAGCCACGCUAAGACUGGCCUUCCCAGAUACACCCUCACUGUGCAGGAUUCCCCACCUGGUGCCAAGGUGCCAAGAUCAAACCUGUUUGCUAUAUUUAUUGUGCCUCAAGGCAGUGAGACUGCUUGGCUCUACAGUUCCAGCGAGGGGCGAAGGCAGCUGGCAGCUAGUGCUAACUUUCGGCGCCUGGUAAUUGUAGCAAUGCACAGGAAUCAAGAGUACACAGACAUGCAGGCUGUCCAGUCAGAACUCUCACCAAUGGUGAUGGACCUGGCUCCCCCGGGAAUGCCAGACAAUCAGCAGGUCCCGUUUCUAUCAGUCGGAGGUGACCUAGGUUGGCGAGAAGUGGUCAGCAGGGGUGUGAGUGAGCUGAGUGGGGAGUACUGUGUGGAGAAUGUCAGAGGAGAAGACGGUGAACUGUAUCGUAGGCUCGUGUUCCUGUCUAAUGCUGCCCUCGUCCAAUCAGAGAGUCGUCUUGUCUCCUUAAAUAAUGCCUCAAGUCACAAAAAGAAGAACAAAAAGAAAGCCAAGACAACAGCGCCUCCAACAACAUCCUCAACCUCUCUGUCAGUGGACAGCGGCUUCCUUUGCUGUGCUCACCAUGAAAUCAUGGUGGCUGGCCUCACCAUGCUCGGUGUGGGCAUGCCACAAAACAAAGAUGUCCCAGUGUCAGUGCUCCUGGUGGGGCUUGGUGGAGGAGGCCUGCCUCAGUUUCUGCGGGACUUUGUGCCCGGCGUUGCUGUCGAGGUUGUGGAACUCGACCCUGCUGUGCCGGAAGUGGCAAAAGCGUGGUUCGGGUUCCGGCCAGAUGAUUGUUUGACUGUCACUCUUGGGGACGGCCUUGAACGCAUCUGUGCCCUGGAGAAAGAGGGUGGUCGUUUCUUUGAUGUCAUCAUGUUUGAUGUGGACAACAAAGAUAGCACUUUGGGUAUGAGCUGUCCACCUGCUGCUUUCGUAGAAACCCCCAUCCUGCAAAAAGUCCGAAGCCUGCUAACCCCAAAAGGUGUCUUCAUACUGAACCUUGUGUGUCGAGAUUCGGCCUUGAGGAAAAGUGUGCUGGAGCGUGUGAGUGCGGUGUUUCCUACCAUCCUCUCCCGAAAGAUCGAAGGGGAGGUCAACGAAGUACUUCUGUGCUCUGGCGGAGAGAAUGAGACAUCGGAAGCCGCCCGCAUCCUUCCAACCCUGAACCAAGCAGCCAAGAAUCUGCAGAGCGCACUGUUCUCUAACAGGACUGGGGACAAGCGCAGUCCACAUAUAGACAUUGCAGAGUUGUUAAAAGACCUGAAAGUAGCAUGAGUUGUUCUGUGACCAAAUGGAAUUAAAUUAAUUAUUUGUUAAAUUUGAAAUUAUAUGAUUAAGAUGGUGAAAUAUGAGGAAAAAGGUACUCUGAUUUUGCUGUUCAGUGUGAUUAAAUGAUCACGGAUGGUGUAUUACAUACACAAACACUAGUAAAGAACAUUUUUUAUCUUUAAUUGUAUUGUGUUUGCUUCUACAAAAGUAAACUCCCAGUGCUCUUACUUGAAGGUCUCCUAUGUAACCUGAACUAAACUCAAUAACAUGAGCUCUUUGCAUUA